GGCACUGGCUCGUCCGGUCAGAUUUAGUUCUUUACGAUUUCAACUAGGCGCGUCAAGUGCAUUGUUGUUCCUCCAGCUCUCUCCAGGAUUUUUUUCCCCAUUUAUAUUCUAACUUAAAAGAAAAAAAAAAGAUUUAUUUAUUGUAGCUUUUAAUCUUUAUAAAUAUAUUACAAACAAAGCUUAAAACUUUUUUUUUUUUGUUUUCUCUAUUUCACUUUAUUAAUUCUCUUCCUCGUCUUUGGUUUCGAUUCAGUUGGGUGUUUUUUUUCUUCUGCUAGUUGUGGUUUUCAGCUUUUGUUCUAUGUUGAUCGAAGCUUCACUUCACAGUUCUUGGUAUCCGCAGUAAAAAGGUGGGACAUUUGUUGUCGCAUUGGGGAAGAAGAAGAAACAAUUUUGUCUUUGAGACCCUACUUUAAUGGCUUCUUCAGCUUCUGGGAUUUUCUUUCAAGGAGAUGAUGAAUCUCAAAGUUUCAUCAACUCUCACUUGACUUCCUCUUAUGGGAAUUCAUCUAACUCUGUACCUGGAUGUGGUGGCUAUCACAAUCUCAGUAUGGUUUCUGGGGAUAUGCAUAAUCCGGUUAUGAUGAGUGUUUCAACCCCUGGUCCAAGCGCUGGAGCUAGUUCAAUGGUGACUGAUGCUAAUUCAGGGCUUUCUGGAGGUGGUCCUCAUUUGCAGCGUAGUGCUAGCAUCAAUAACGAGUCCUAUAUGCGUUUGCCUGCGUCUCCAAUGUCCUUCUCUUCAAACAAUAUCAGCAUCUCUGGGUCGUCAGUUGUUGAUGGGUCUACUGUGGUACAAAGACAUGAUCCAAGUGUUCAGCUUGGUGGCUCCAGUGCUACAUCGCUGCCUACAUCACAAACUAAUCAAAUCCCGCUUUCGAUGGCUCGUCGUGCUUCUGAAUCCUUCUUUCAAGACCCAAACAACUUGAGCCAAGCUAGGAAAAAACCUAGGUUAGAUUCAAAGCAGGAUGAUGCUUUGCAGCAGCAGAUUUUGCGUCAGUGGCUUCAGAGACAGGAUAUGUUGCAGCAGCAGCAGCAGCAACAACAGCAAGGCCAAAACCCGCAGUUCCAACUUUUGCUUCAGCAACAAAAGCUGAGGCAACAGCAGCAACAAUAUCUUCAGUCGCUCCCACCAUUGCAACGGGUUCAGCUGCAGCAACAGCAACAAGUGCAGCAACAACAACAGUUGCAGCAGCAGCACCAACAACAACAGCAACAGUUGCAACAAGGAAUGCAACUGCAGUUAACCGGUGGGCCAAGACCUUAUGAAAAUAGCGUCUGCGCUCGAAGAUUGAUGCAGUACUUAUAUCAUCAGCGACAAAGGCCUUCUGAGAGCAGUAUUGUUUAUUGGAGGAAAUUUGUCACGGAGUAUUUUUCUCCUCGCGCAAAGAAAAGAUGGUGUCUUUCUCAUUAUGAUAAUGUGGGGCAUAGCGCACUUGGUGUUUCUCCUCAGGCAGCCACGGAUGAAUGGCAGUGUGAUCUUUGUGGUUCUAAAUCAGGAAGAGGAUUUGAAGCAACUUUUGAUGUCCUGCCAAGGCUUAACGAGAUCAAAUUUGCAAGUGGUGUCCUUGACGAGCUUCUUUAUCUGGGCGUACCAUCUGAACGCAGAUAUGGUUCUGGUAUUAUGGUGUUAGAGUACGCAAAAGCAGUUCAGGAGAGUGUGUAUGAACAGAUCCGUGUUGUUCGCGAAGGCCAUCUUCGGAUUAUAUUCUCCCAAGAGCUUAAGAUUCUCUCAUGGGAGUUCUGUACUCGCAGACAUGAAGAGCUACUUCCUCGUCGCCUAGUAGCUCCACAGGUGAACCAACUACUUCAGGUUGCAGAGAAAUGUCAGAGCACAAUUGAUCAAAGUGGAUCAGAUGGGAUUCAUCAACAGGAUUUGCAAGCGAAUAGCAAUAUGGUCAUGGCUGCUGGACGUCAACUAGCAAAAAGCUUGGAGUCACAUUCACUCAAUGACUUAGGCUUCUCCAAACGAUAUGUUCGAUGUUUGCAGAUUUCUGAGGUUGUCAGCAGCAUGAAAGAUAUGAUUGACUUCUGCCGUGACCAAAAAGUUGGUCCAAUCGAGGCUUUGAAGAGCUAUCCAUAUCGAAUGAAGGCUGGUAAAUCGCAGAUGCAGGAGAUGGAGCAACUAGCAAAUUCUGCUCGUGGACUUCCACCUGACAGGAACAGUCUCAACAAACUGAUGGCCUUACGAAAUUCCGGGAUUAACAUACCGAUGAACAAUAUGACCGGUCAAGGUGCUCUUCCUGGCUCUGCACAAGCUGCUGCCUUUGCGCUUACCAAUUACCAGACCAUGCUCAUGAAACAAAACCACCUGAAUUCAGACCAAAACAACACUACGAUCCAACAAGAGCCAUCAAGAAACCGGAGUGCAUCUCCGAGCUAUCAAGGAACUAGUCCUUUGUUGCCUGGUUUUGUGCAUAGCCCAUCUAUAAGCGGUGUUUCUUCCCAUCUGUCUCCUCAGCGGCAAAUGCCAAGCUCCAGUUAUAAUAAUAGCUCAACCCAGCAAUACCACCAACAACCACCUUCCUGUAGUAGCGGUAACCAAACAUUGGAACAACAAAUGAUUCACCAAAUAUGGCAACAGAUGGCAAACAGCAAUGGAGGCUCCGGUCAACAACAACAACAACAGCAGUCACUAUCUGGUCAGAACAUGAUGAAUUGCAAUGCCAACAUGGGAAGAAACAGAACAGAUUAUGUUCCUACAGUGGAAACACUAAGCACCGGCUCCAACAGAUUCAGAGGUAUUAAGGGGUUAGAGCAGGGCCAAAACCAGGACGGUAUGGUCUCUAAUACAUCUCUCAACUUUGCGAAUAACGGGUUCUUUAGCAAUGAGGUUGAUGAAAACAUGGGAUAUUCUUGGAAGGCAUGAGAGGUCUUUUGGGAUUUGAUAGUUAGUUUCCAAUGUUGUCUUUGUAAAGAACUGAGUUAAAGACUAACUUUCUUAGGUAUAUGAAUCUCAUGAGGGGGUUUCAAUGUUGACGUGUCUACGAUGUUGUUGUUCUUUCUUCUUCUUAGAUUAAGCUUCUCUUUUUAUGAAGAGGUUUUUCUGGAAAGUGUUACUAAUUCUGGAAAAGAAGACUCUGUUCUUCAAGAACUCAUCGCUUUAUCAAUCAAUAUGUGCUUUUUUCGUCUA